AUGGUUCAGCAACUUUCUCUUGUGGCUCUGUUCCCGCACAGUAAAUAUGUCCAAACAAUGUCCACAUUGAGAGCGUUGACUGGUAUAGAGAAACCCCAAGACAUAUCUACAUACACUCUACUCACCAAACCGUAUUCUGAGUUCAAACCAAAAGUGGAACCUGGAAAAGUCAAUCAGAUUGAACAAUAUUUCAUGAAAUGUAUCACCACAUGGGACGACAGCACUAGUGAUAACCUCGAUAUAUCAGUUCCAAUAAUAAAAUCAGGCAAUGACGAGCUGAACCUUUGGGUUGAUACAUUAUUUGGAGACUUGAAUGGUAAUACAAGAAGAAACUGGACAUUACAAAUCUCUGAUAUUCCAACAGCAGGAAAAAAUCAAACGGUUAGUGCCCAAACUGUUUAUGAAAGUACUUUAGUACAUUAUCACACAACCAACACUAAGAAAGGUUCUCUUGCAAAUGGAGAGCCAAAGAAAGAUGAACCAGUUGACACCGAAAUGAAAGAUGCAGAUGCAGAUGCAGACCUCAAGGAAGUGAGAGAAGUAAAGGUGGAGAAUCAAGAUGAAUCUUCUAUCAAUACUAACGCCACUACAGAUUCAUUCCUACUGUUUUUACAUGACCUAGGAUACGAAGUCAAGAACCAAUAUUGGAUAAAAGGUGUUAGAUACUUCCACGGCGAUAUCUUCAUUGAGACGUUCAAAGUCUUUGUCAGAGAUGACGACUUCCAAUCAAAAGAUAAUCAGAUCAAAUUAAAACUACUUGAUUCUACAAAUACGUUUCAAGUGAAAGUGUAUAUUAAUGUGCCAAAGGCUACAGAUGUGGAGUUAAUUAACCAGGGGUCGAAAGAUUUGCAGAAGUUUCAAGACUUCAUUAAGAAUUUAAUCAGUUUAGAGAUUCCUGACAGAAUGUAUAUGGACUCCAGAGUGCUAAAAAGUUGA